AUGGCAUUGGCAGCCCAGCCUAAGAACCUGCAGAUUGAGAAUGUUGUUUUGAACCUUCCUAGGAACAUUCGGUGCAACAAGUGUAGGAAUACCAUGGCCAAAGACACCAAGAUCAAUUCCCGCAAAGAAAAAUCCUCCGGCAACUUGGAGUAUUUGGGGAUUAAAAACAUCAGAUUUCACUUCAAUUGUACCCAGUGCUCGGCUGGGAUCGUCUUAAGGACAAACCCGCAAUUGUCACGCGUUCUUUGUGAGUCCGAUGCUACACUAUUCUGUGGUGAUCAACUUCCCGGACGUCUUCCGUAUGGGCUUGAGGAGAUGAAGAGAGAAAGGGGACGCAGAUUGUCACAGUUGUUUUGGUCGUUCAGCAGUAGAAAGAUGAAUUCAAGGGCAGAGAUUUCUAAGGUGGCUCGUGAUUGCUCGGUUCAAAAUGACGGUAGUAGAGAUGAUGGUGGUAGGGAUGAUAAUUGCAUUAAUGGUGGUGGUGGGGAGAGUGGUGGUAAUGAAUCAAUGGCCAUGUCAAGUGGUGGCAGCGGCGAGGCAGUGGUGGUGAUAGUCAUGACAAGAUGA